AUUGUUUGCAAGAGAAAGCGAUUGGUUAGUUGCGGAAAAAACGUCGCUGACUUCAUUUCAAUACAAUCAGUCAAAAGUGAAACAUGGCGGCGAUGGACGUUGAGCCUCCGAAAAUGGAGAUGCUUCUCCGCACUCUGAAGCUGUCGGGUCACGUCGGUUUCGACAGCCUGCCCGACCAGCUGGUCAACAAGAGCGUGCAGAAUGGUUUCGUCUUCAACAUCCUCUGUAUUGGAGAGACUGGCCUGGGCAAGUCCACUCUGAUGGACUCGCUGUUCAACACCAACUUCGAGUCGUCUCCUAGCCCACACAACCUGCCCACUGUCAAACUGAAGGCCCAUACGUAUGAGCUUCAGGAAAGCAAUGUCAGGCUCAAGCUGACGAUCUGCGACACGGUGGGGUAUGGAGACCAGGUGAACAAGGAGGACAGUUUCAAAGCUGUGGUGGACUAUAUUGAUGCCCAGUUUGAGGCGUACCUGCAGGAGGAGCUCAAAAUCAAGCGCUCGCUCCCCACAUACCAUGACAGCAGGCUGCACGUCUGUCUGUACUUCAUCUGUCCUACUGGGCACGGCCUGAAAUCCAUCGACCUGGUGUGUAUGAAGAAGUUGGACACGAAGGUCAACAUCAUCCCCAUCAUCGCCAAAGCCGACACCAUCUCCAAGACUGAGCUGCAGAAAUUCAAGUCAAAAAUAAUGCUGGAGCUGCAAUCCAACGGCGUGGAGAUCUACCAGUUCCCGACAGACGACGAGUCCGUGUCGGAGGUGAACACCAGCAUGAACUCACACAUCCCCUUCGCCGUCGUCGGCAGCACCGACUUCGUCAAGAUCGGCAACAAGACUGUAAGGGCAAGGCAGUACCCUUGGGGGACCGUGCAGGUGGAGAAUGAGUCCCACUGCGACUUCGUGAAGCUCCGCGAGAUGUUGAUCCGCACCAACAUGGAGGACAUGCGCGAGAAGACACACGCGCGGCACUACGAGCUGUACCGCCGCCGGCGCCUGCAGCAGAUGGGCUUCACCGACGUCGACGCGGACAACAAGCCGGUGUCAUUCCAACAAACGUUCGAGCAGAAGCGCAGCGCGCACCUCGCCGAGCUGCAGCGUAAGGAGGACGAGAUGCGACAGAUGUUCGUGCAGCGCGUCAAGGAGAAGGAGGCCGAGCUCAAGGAGGCUGAGAAAGAGCUCAACUCCAAGUUCGACAAGUUGAAGAAAGACCACACGGAGGAGAAGAAGCGCCUAGACGAGCUGCGGAAGAAGAUAGAGGAAGACACCAUCGAGUUCAACCGCCGCAAGCAGCAGGCGGCGCAGUCGCACCACACGCUCACUCUCGGCAAGAGUAAGAAGAAGUAGACGACCUGGACGAGUUAAUUUACACUUCGCUUGCAUACAACCCCUUGACGCGAGGUGACUAUUUAAUUCGCGCGAGUUAUACCAUAAUGUUACCCGGCUUACGCUCGGUCACUAUUCAAUUCGCGCAUUACCCGUACAAGUUCAAUAGUCUUCUCGCGCACGAUGACGUAAUUAUCAUGUUCAGUGUGUAUCGGUGUGACUUUCACAACUAACCAGAUUAAUAAUGUUUAAAGGGGGUUGCAUUCAAGUGAGGGGUACACCUAUUUAAUUCGUACGAGUUAUAUGUCUACAUGUUACAUUGUGAGAUGAAUAAGGACAGAAGAACCAACUAUAAGGUGACAUGAAUUGGAUUACGUAUCAAAUAUCUGUAGAUUUGAGGUUGAUUUUAAGCAUGACAAUGAAUUGAAGUGAUUAUGGAUUGCUCUGUUUCAAUAUUGUUUUCCAUACAGUAAAAUGUAUCAUUAUUGCAGUUCCGACCCAGUGGUGAGUGCUAUUAGAGGCUGUUAUAAAUAAUGUAAAUUUUUUUUCGUAUCGUUUUCGGUUUCAUACAUAACUAUAAAGAACAAUACUGCGUAUAUAACGGUUACUCUCCGACCCGCACCAUUUAGUACCGAGUGCCGAGUUCAAAAAAAAAAAUCAUAUUCAUUUAUUUCUAAAGUUUACAAAAACAUUGUCUACAGGUAGAGUCCCAAGGCGACAAUGCUUAAAUAUUUAACAGAUUAACAUUAUAAUAAAAAUAUGAUUAUGUCAUGCUUUAAUUAUACAAUGUCAACAAUGUUUAAAAUUCUAAUAAAAAUCCUAAAGUUAGAGUUAGAUUUACCUCACCCAUUCUGUGUCUUACUUUCGCGAACUAUCUGUCUCGCUCGCACUGGCGCGGUAAAGCGACAAACGAUAGGAAUGAGAUUUUUGUAUGGAGUGUCCCACGUGUGACGAAGCUCUAAUACACUGUAUGGAAAAUAAUAUUGAAGUCGAAUAGAAAGAAUCAAGAGAGGUUGUGUUAGCUUGGAGGUAGCGAUACGACAUUAGGUUUAUGUUCGGGACGUGUGUUCUCAGUGAGUCACAGGCGCGUGAUUUAUCAACGAGAAACUUAAUCCCAAACGUCGCUCAAGGGUAGUUUUUGAUAAAUCGAUCAAAAAAAUAUUGUACCUAGUAGCUUUUUGUAAUUUACAAAAAAUCUAUCUUAGAGUAUCGUAACGAAGUCGCCUCCAUUUUAUAUCAGGUACAUGUGUACCGCCGUAAUGCAUGACGGGAGUGAAUAGCAUUCGUGAGAGAGUCGAUGUCAACCUUUUUAAAUAUUUCAACACCUCGCCGUAUUUUCGAUUCUCAUCUUGUGUACGUUUUACACACGUUUUAAAUAUAAGGAAAUUAUAAAUUAUAGAGUUUUAAAUUAUAACUAGGUUUUACUGCCAACUUGAAUAUUAUUUGUAAGCGAAAUCGGCCAAAUAUGUCCGGCAACCAAUUCUAUUUGGUUUUGAAACUAUUAUUUACCAAAUGUAUUAAAUAUAUUCUAGUGGUUAGGCGUACGAUAUCAAAGUAAGAGCUUUCUGCCAUUGUAAUGUUGCGAGCUAUUAUAAUAAUGCAGAUGAUUUUACGUUUGAAUUAGUUAAGGAUUUGUAUGGAAACACAUAGUUAUGUUUUAAAUAGUUUAUUGAGAACUGAACAUAAUAUGCUUGUAGUAAGAUUGCCUAUAUUAGUGUCUAGGAGAUGACUAUACAUCGAGAUGAUGUGAAUAUCACCGUUACACAACAUUCGAGUUGAUCAGAGCUACUUGAAGGUAUCAGAUAAUACUGGAUAUCGGACGAAGAUUUGUAGCAGCAUUGUUUGGAAAAUACUUAUAAUAUUUUUCACGUUAUUUAUAUUACAGUUAAUACCCGUUUUCAGUGGAAACGCGUUUCCCCUAAUUAAAACUAGUUUUUAGUGGGCCCUAACUUUUUAUUCGCAGUUUUCAGUAAGAAAUUUUAGCAAGAGCUCGUAGCAAGAACUAUUUUUACUAGGGAAAGCAGGUUUUAACUGUAACACAAUUAUACAAUAUAACUGACUUCUCUAAUACUGUAUUGCUCUCUACAUAAUGUUCUAAACGUGUAAUUCCACAGAAUAUUCCUCUGUAAACACAGCAUUUACUCAUUCAUUCCUUGUGUGUAUUUUAUAUGAUUUUUAUACUUAAUUUUCUAACAUUAUUUUGUAUUGCCUAAAUGAGGUAUUUAAUAUUUAAUUAUAAUAAAAUCAUGAAAUCUUA